UGUCCUUUCCAGCACACCGUACGGAGUGACAGUAAGUGCGGCCAACUUUGAUAUCGAGCUGCUAUAAAUUUGACAAAUGAAAAGUUUGGUCUGACCUUGCACUACAUUAAGCAGUCUUGUUAUUACCAGUAUGUGCUGGUGAUCCAGGGACUUUUCUCAUGGACAGUGACUGCUUAUCUUUGCUGCCAGCAGUCUGCCUGGUCCUGGCCGACCCAAAGCAGGCUCCACCUGAUGACACCUCUUUAGAGAAGCUGCUUGAUUGGUUCAAAGAGCUGCAUAGCCAAAGUAAUGGCGUGCUUUUGCAGGAUCAGCCUUGUCUCUUGGAGUUUAUUUCUAGUGUUUGUACGUCUGAAACUACAGAUCCCGCUAUCCUGUCUUUCACCCUCAAACUCACUGGUCUUCUGGCUGCCACCAAACAGGGCUUCCAUUUGCUUGAGGAGGGAGGCCUUUUGCUGUGUGCGUUUGAGCGGGAAGCCUGCUAUGUGUGUGAUCUUUGGGAGGAUGCCUCAGUUCGCAGUGGCUGGCUGCAGGGGCUGUUGAAUAUGCUGAAACACCAGAAAUCCCUGGAUUUCAUAUGUAGAAAUGGACUCAUCAAAGUGGUUCUCCAGCUGCAGAAUGACAGGAGUCUGUUUGUUGCCUCUUUGGCAAAUCAGCUUUUAGUGCAUAUCCUAAACUUCCUCACAUCAUCAAGCACGACCAAUGGCAGUGAUGCUGUGGGAUCAAGUGUAUCAUCUUUGAGGUCUGAUUGGGUCUCAGUCUCCUCUGAGAUUAUGAAUGCUGUGGUUGAGGCGUUGAGCUCAGAGGAUCAUCCUCAGGUCCUCCUGGGCUUACGGCUUCUGUCACUGGUUCUCUCUCAGUGUGGAGAGCCUAUCAGAAGCAUGCUAUGGAAAGAUGUGCUAGUACCUCUGGAAGUUUUAAUCAAAAGGGGGUCUGAAUCAUUGACUCAGACUCUGAUGACUGUUCUACAAGCUGCUGUGAGGACACCUCUGCUCGGCCUGGAGGAAUUAUUAGAAGCCAUGUUGGGUGAUGGAAACAGAAAGGAGUGUUUUCAGUGUGCAGCACUAGUUGUAAAGCUGGAGAAAUGUCCUGAGGUUUCGAAGAGGAAGGCUACGGGUAUCAUCUUGCUCCCCCUGCAGUGUGUGUCUACACAGCCUCAAACAGAAAUUGAGACAUAUUUAGUCCUAAAUGAACAGCUAUCUCAGAAAGCCUCAUGUAUUUCCCUCCUCAUGCAGAGUUUAUCAAGCCUAGCUGAGCUGGCACAUAGAAAAUUCCUCUUUGAAGACAUUUCCAUUCAUUCGAUCACCAGUUCUGUGGUGUGGCUUCUGAGGAUGUGCUCUGGGCAGUGCCCCUCCUCUUUGCUGCGUAUUAAUGCAUCCAUUCACCUGAUUGGCUGCUGCAAGGUUCAGAGGUGUGGCCUGGAUACAUUAGGUGCUCUCAGCGUUUAUGAAGAAAAUGUGGAUUUAAGGAAGGACAUAUUUGGUGUCCUCUUGGACUAUUUACAGAGUCCAGAUUCCCAUGCCACAGUCUUGAAGAAAACAUUUCAGGCCACUGUGAGGUGGAUUGCUGUUUGUUCACCUUUCCCUGAUCUGCUGCAGUUUAUCAGCCAUGACCUCUUUCCUGUAUUGGAGAAACGGAUGUGUGAUUUGCGAUGGGAAGUGAGAGACUCCACACUAGAGUUCAUCACCCAGCUAACCACUGCUCUCAACGGUAACAGUGGUUUCACUGAAGCUCUCCACACCAGUGGUAUGGUCUCUGUUCUCCUGUCUUCAUUGGCAGACACAGAAGGCUAUGUCAGAGCUAGUGCUGUGGCUGCAGUUGGGGAGGCAGUUACUGCUUCUUUCCAUCAUGCGGCCACUGAGAGAAAUAGCAGCCUUCUGGAGAAGGCUUUGACACAGAUGAUGAUCGCUCUCUCUCAGGACACAGAGGGCUUCCCUCGUAGAGCAGUGGUCAAAGCUUUCACAUCGUGGCUGAAAGGAUCACACCCCGUAACAGCAUUGGACUCGUCUCUGAGCUCUGUCCUGUCACUGGGAGGCAACGAUUUUGACUGGGAAGUGAAAAUGCACACGCUGGAGCUAGCAGAAGUGUUAAUGGAGAAGACACUGACCUGCUGUCCAUACAUAGUUCAGAAUGUUGAUUUCUCUGAAAAGACACGUUUGACGCAAGCCUUAAGCAGACUGAAAGAUUAUGGGCUGUUUGACUUACUGUUUAACAGCUUGUUGGACUGUGACAGACCAGUGUGUGAAAAAGCCUGUGCACUCUUAGUCAGGCUCCGAACACUUACAGCUGAGACCGCAGAUUUGGAUCACAGCGCUCUUGUCUUGAAUGUAUGUGGGAACAGAUGGGGGGAUGAGGUGCAGAGUAGAUACCUCAACAAACAACAGGCCAAAACAUCUGUCUGUGAAACGAAUGGAGCUAUAGGAUCUGAUGAGAGAACGGACAGUGAGCUGCAGUGCAUCAAAGACAUUAGCCUGCCCAUGAUACUGCAGAUUCUAGAUCUAAAUGACAUGCAGAGGAUGUUGAUGUUGAGUAGUGAUCAUGUUGUGAAUUCGCCCCAAUCGCUAAUGGAGGACGUUCUUUCAGCAGCCCAGCAGAGUGAGGAGAAUACAGUGGAUUGCUAUUGAGAAUAUACUGUGUAAAAAAAAUGUUUGAUGGAAAUUUAAUAAAGGAAGAUUUU